GACAUCCUCCAGCUUCCCGUCUUGGUGCUUCUUCUCCUCCAUCGACCGACUGCGUUUCUUUUAACAGCAUUGUUUCGUUAUCUUGGCAUCACUGGCGUCAAGUAUUAGAUUUGAGCCAAAGAAAUCUGGGUGAUCCAGCAGGUUAGGCCGACAGGUAGAUGCUUCUCGAGUGUAUGAUGAACGGACACGCUAUUCUGUAUACGGGGGUCACUUUGGCCUUCUGGAGCACCAUACUAAUCGUCGGUAUCUGCUAUACUAUAUUUGACCUUGGAUUCCGCUUUGAUGUGGCAUGGUUCCUGACAGAGACUUCUCCCUUCAUGUGGGCCAGUCUGGGCAUUGGCUUGGCCAUCUCUCUGUCUGUGGUGGGAGCUGCCUGGGGGAUCUACAUCACUGGCUCGAGCAUCAUUGGUGGUGGUGUUAAGGCUCCACGAAUCAAAACCAAGAAUCUGGUCAGCAUCAUCUUCUGUGAAGCUGUUGCAAUUUAUGGAAUCAUCAUGGCUAUUGUAAUCAGCAACAUGGCUGAGAGAUUCACCGGAACGACCCCUGAGACCAUCGGAGCAAGGAACUACCAAGCUGGUUACUCCAUGUUCGGAGCUGGUCUGACUGUGGGCUUUUCCAACCUCUUCUGUGGCAUCUGCGUGGGCAUCGUGGGCAGCGGAGCAGCUCUGGCAGACGCUCAGAACGCCAGCCUCUUCGUGAAGAUCCUCAUCGUGGAGAUCUUUGGCAGUGCAAUCGGCCUGUUUGGUGUCAUCGUAGCCAUUCUGCAGACGUCAAAAGUAAAGAUGGGCGACUAGACGGUGCAUCCACACUCUGACAAGAUGAAAAGACACUGCUGGAAAAAAUAAGAUGGAUUAUUGUGUAAAUACAUCGUAAAUUAUUUAAAUGUCUCUAUUUGCCUGGGAUUGUUUUUAGCCAUUAUUCAUGCAAGAGUGGUUCCCUUACACCCUGCUGUCUUGUCUUGAGAGAUACAUGAAUGUUGAAUAAGGAAACUGGGAGGACACAAUCACCAGAUGCCAGUGUUUUCCUGUGCGAUGCGUUUGCCUCAACAACAGAUCAGCUUGAUGUUUCAGAGCUGAAUUGCUUUCCAGUUUUAGGGAUACCGUCGCCUCAGUGAAGUUGGGGACAGUUUUUUUCUGACAUUUCAUGUUUCCGACCACUCUUGGAUAAAUAAUGAGUUAAAAACCUCACUAGACUAUUUGAAAAUAUUUGUGUGUGUGUAUGCUGGAUAUGUGAUCUUUUUGUUUUCUUUUUUUUUUUCCUGUGAAGCAUGAGGGUGUUUAUUAUUAUAGCCUGGUCUGUCAUUUUAUUUGUUGUUUUUUGUUAAUGUGCUUCGCUAAUAAGCAAGUGGUCCUUAAGCCACACACUGUGGCCCAGACACAGUACUCAUUAGACCUCCUAAUGUAGAAUCAGAAGAGAAGUGUGACGUUUAGAAUUAAAGUACUGAAGUGAAAUAGUUAUUGAGGUCACUGGACAGUCGGCUGUGUUUUUUAUUUGGGAGGAAGUGAUGUCAGAUCAGAGCUGUAGGUCUGAGCCGAAUACGUCAUCCUGUCAAUCAUUGACCUUCCUCACAAAAACAUUUACCCUCCUGUGCAGCCACUCCUCCUUAAUGUGUUUUUUUUCUUUUAGUUUUAGAUGUCUAUUCUGGAUGUGAUCAACUUUUCAAGUAUUAACUUGACAAGAAAAGUGCAUCAUUAAGUUGGAAGCCAAAAAGUUGUUGAUACCCAAAAUUAGUUUGAGCGGAUUUUAUGUCAAGAGGGCGAUGUUAGCAUGAAGCUAUCGUAGCUAUAGUUAGGAAAGCUAAUGUGUUUUUAAUGUAGCUUAUAUGAACAAAUAAAGUAUGGAGGAAUUCAAUAUUAUAAGGCCAUAGGCUUUCAUUGGCUUAGAUUGGAUAUUUUCUCAGGUGGCUUCUAAACUCAACAUAGCGAUAUACAAACAGCUUUAUCUAAACAAUAUCAUCUUAUUUAAAUAUCAACAAUAAUCCCACUCUACACACUUUACAUCUCCUUAUUGGCUCAUUGAAAUGUAUUUUUUGAAUGUACAUCUUUACAUGUUAGCCGGGUUUCCACAUGAUUUUUUCACAUUCCUAUAGAGAAGCUUAAUGUGUUUUUUUGUUGUAAAGAGUACAUUUUAAAAUGACACAAUAGACUCCAAAAAAAAUCACGACAAAGCCAUCCUUACAUGUUUGACAUUGUAGUUCUCGUGUACUUUUUAGCACCUGGUAGCUAUGAAGAGUUCCAGCUGUUUACAUGUGAUGCUGAUUUGUAAAUCUGGUUUAAUCCAGUAUUUUUCCGACUCUUUAAUAAGGACGCUGGGCACUGAUUCAAGAAGCUCGUAUUGAAACAUACAAGUUGACACUUUUUGUUUACUGAAUCAUUCCACACGGUAGGAUGACAGACCAUGGCCGAUAGUGAAUUGUCUAAAGUCUUUCCUGUAUUUUUUCCUCUGACCCUCUCGUGAAGUUGUGAAUGAGUGUAAACAUUGAAUCUAAACUUGGGGAAACUGGAUUGUCUUAAAUGGACCCAGACCUGGUCUCCCAAAGGUGUCUGAGUAGCGUCUUUGCCCUGAUGAUGUUUUUUUUUUUUGUUGUUGUUUAAUCAGAGACGCUUCUCCCAUGAUUCCUUUGGUCAACCAGGCUGUGAACAAUCCCUGGGCUUUCAGUGACUGUAGUUGGUACCGUGUGUGCAUUAUGUUGAUGUGAUGGUGAUAAGAAAGUAUCUCAUUGUUUUGACAUUGUGUAUAAUAAUGACAAAAACAGAUCCUCACUCCUGUCUUCAUAAAUGUCAUUGAGAAAAUAAAACUGUCCAAUCAAGA